CCCGCUGCGGGUGCUGCUGGGCGAGCACAGCCUGAAGGAGCGCGAGGGGGCGGAGCAAUGCCUCACCUGGGCGCGCGCCUUCGUGCACCCGCGCUACCUGCCCGGCCGCCAUGACAGUGACGUCAUGCUGCUGCGCCUGCGCAGCCCCGCCCGCCUCAGCCCGCGCGUGCGCCCCGCCCCCCUGCCCCGCAGGUGUCCCCAGGUAGGGGACAGGUGCGUGGUGUCCGGCUGGGGCAGCACGCGCAGCCCGCAAGGUGCGUUCCCGGACGAGCUGCAGUGCGGGGAGGUGUUCACCUGGUCCAACGCCGCCUGCGCUCACCUGUACCCAGGUGCCAUCACUCCCAACAUGCUUUGCGCCGGCGGCCGCCCCGGCGACAGCACCGACUCCUGCCAGGGUGACUCCGGGGGCCCGCUGGUGUGCGGGGGUUACCUGCAGGGCGUGGUGUCCUGGGGGCUGCAGGUGUGCGGCCAGGAGGGGAAGCCAGGUGUGUACAGCCGGGUCUGCGCCUUCACCGCCUGGAUCCGCCGCACCAUCCGCGCCCACGGCGGCGACGGCGCGCCUGCGCUCACCUGAGGGGCCUGGGGGGCACCUGGGGCACCUGGGGGGCACCUGGGGGUCACCUGGGGGUGCCUGGGAGCACCUGGGGGCUCACGUGCGCUCACCUGAGGGGCCUGGGGGUCACCUGGGGGCGCCUGGGGGCGCACCUGCGCUCACCUGCGCUCACCUGCGCUCACCUGAGGGGCCUGGGAGUCACCUGGGGGUGCCUGGGGGCUCACCUGUGCUCACCUGAGGGGCCUGGGGCACCUGGGGGGCACCUGGGGGCUCACCUGCGCUCGCCUGAGGGGCCUGGGGGUCACCUGGGGCACCUGGGGGCACCUGGGGGUCACCUGGGGCACCUGGGAGCGCCUGGGGGUCACCUGGGGGUCACCUGGGGGCUCACCUGCGCUCACCUGAGGCGCCUGGGGGUCACCUGGGGGUGCCUGGGGGUCACCUGGGGGUCACCUGGGGGUCACCUGAGACACCUGGGCGCACCUGGGGUCACCUGAGGAGCUCCUUGGGGGCUCCUUGUGACACCUGGGGCUCACCUGAGACACCUGGGGGCACCUGGGGGCACCUGGGGGUCACCUGGGGGUCACCUGAGACACCUGGGUGCACCUGGGGGUCACCUGGGGGGGCUCCUUGUGACACCUGGUGGCUCCUUGGGCUCACCUGGGGCUCACCUGGGCACACCUGGGGGCUCCUUGGCCUCACCUGUAACACCUGAACGGCUCCUUUUAACACCUGAGUGGUUUCUUGACUUCACCUGCUACACCUGAGGGGCUGCUUGUAACACCUGGGGGGCACC